AUGGCCUGGGCACAAGCGGCCACCUGCACGGAUGCAGCGGCCAAGGAAUCGCACGAAUCGGCGACGAGGCUCGCCGACGGCGGUGGCCAUGGCCAGGACUCCAGGAGCUCAUGCGGGGACCGACUACCUCCGUCACUGACGCCCGUCUACCUCCCUGGUGACAGCCUUCACCUGCACGGCUGCACCAAGCAAGCAACAACCAUGUCGCACAAGCCUGGUACACUGUUGAGAGCUAUCACAAAGAGAAUAACUACAAUCGAGGCAGCUCAAGUACAUGUUAUAACAGGAAUAGUGGAGCACUAUAUAAAUGCACAUGAACAUCAUUACUCCAAUAUUUGUACUGCCCAUGGUUUAUCCUUAUUCCUGACAACUGAAAAUAUCUGGUAUAUCCAAUUAUUAAAGAAACAGGAGUUUGCUAACUUGGUACAGAUUGCAGCUCAAUUUGGAUCAGCAAUGGAUGAAUAUGUUGACAAAGUUGUCUGUUCCUAG